AUGUUUGUGAUCAAUUACUUCACUGGUAAAAAAGAGAAUGAGAACUUAGCAUUAUCUUGGGCUGCGAAAUUUGCAACGAGAGAUUCGAUUUUCGAGAAGAAUUUUAGUCUUUUAGGUGUGGGAGAAGGCGAUGAUUCCCCUUUAUUGUUGAAAGAAGGGCAGAAUGUGUUUAAAUUCUAUGCGAGUGGGCGGAGGUAUUGUCAAGGGCUGUUGGCGACAAUGGAGUUGAAGAGUAGGCAUGAUUUGUUGUCUAGGAUAUAUAAUAUGGUAGUCCCAUGUAAGGAUGAGAUUAGUAUUGAAGUUUAUAUGAAUGAUGAUGCGAUGGACCAUGUGAUUUUUGCAUUGGCGAGGAAGAAGAUGGCAAAAGCAAUGCAGAAGGAAUUGAGGGAUUUGCAGAGGUUCGCGGGGAUUGUUGCACAGGCUCCUAGUGGGAGGAAAUGGGUGGCUGAGGAGUUGGCUGUUAUUUCUGAGUCUAAGGAGGUUGCUGGGGAUUUGAUCACUGAGGCUGUACUUGAGCAGGUUUUUGGUGAGAAAUCAUUUGAGAAAUAUGGCAAGGGCUUCAUCUCAAUGCAUUUCUCUGAUCAACUCCCUGGCACACACAAGAAGAUGCUAUUGUUCAAGUUUGCCCUUCCUGAUGCCAACAACAUGGCUGACAUGACCCGGUUGGUGGCUCUGGUACCUUAUUACAUUGAUCUAAUUGGGCGCUACAAGCUGAGUUCACAGGCUCGUUCUAAAACAGAUGCAGCUAGAGCAAAAGCUGCCCAAGAGUCAUACAAAGAACUUCAAAAUGCAAGACAGGAAGCUUUACAGAAGAAGAAGGCAGAGAGGAAAAAGAUGUUAGAGGAGGCUGAAGCAAAGCUCAGUGCAGAGGCAAUUCGCAAGAGAGAAGAAAAGGAGCGUGCUCGUCAGAUGAAGAAGGCAAUGCCAAAAGUAAAGAUGACCCGGGGUCACUAG